AUGAAAAUCAAAGAAUGGCUUUUAGAUAAUGAUAAAAGAAAGAAAGUAAUUACUUUUAUUUACAGACUUGCGCUAAAGAAAUAACCAUUUCAUUCUCAUGAACUUAGACAAUAAAUUGAUAAAUGCAAAUUUUCAGAUGACAUCCAUCAUAUUUGGAAUCAAUUCGAUACUUUAAGAGCAUAUUAUAAAUUAUUACUAAAUUAGUCCUAAUUUGCAAAUUAAGUCAAAUUAGUCAGGAUUAUACAUGAAAAUACAAUGUUUCAUAAUAAACCAGAACUAGUUGCAAUAGAAAGAUUAAAAAAAGAAAAGUAGUUUAAAUUGCUAAAUUAAAAUGAUUAAUCAUUUCUUAUUGACUUACUAAAUAAUGUCAUUAAAAAUAACAAUGAUCAAAAUAGGUAGAGAUAUCCAACUCUGCUCCAUUAUCUCAAUGAUAAAAAUAGCGAAAAAUACGAUCAAAAAUAUACACCACCAUUACCUAAAUGUGUUGAAUGCUAAGAUUUCAAAUAUUUGAAAGCCUACUAGUAUUUAUAAGAUAAAGAUCAAUAAAAGUAAUCAAUAAAGAAAAUUUGA